CAGAACCUGUUCAAGAUAGAGCUGAAGCUGUUGGAAGACGAGCUGCUGGGGCCGUCUCUCUGCUGCUGAGAGCAACUUCCUAGGAGACAACGUCCUGGUGGAGAAACUAGAGACCACCAAACACACGGCCGCGGAGAUCGAGAUGAAGGUUCUGGAGGCGAAGGUGAACGAGGUGAAGAUCAACGAGGCCAGAGAACACUACCGCCCCGUAGCAGUCAGAUCCUCUCUGCUCUACUUCAUCAUGAACGACCUCAACAAGAUCAACCCCAUGUACCAGUUCAGCCUCAAGGCGUUUAACGUGGUGUUCCACAAGGCGGUGGAGCAGGCAGAGGUGUGUGAGGACGUGAGGAGCAGAGUCAACACUCUAAUUGACGGCAUCACCUACUCCACCUUCAACUACAUCAGUAGAGGCCUGUUUGAGAGAGACAAACUCACCUUCACCGCUCAACUCGCCUUCCAGUUGUUACUGAUGAGUAAGGAGAUAGACGUACGAGAACUAGACUUCCUGCUCCGCUUCAACAUCGACCACAGCUACAUCUGUCCUGUAGACUUCCUCUCCAACCAGGCCUGGAGCGCCAUCAAGACAAUGAGUUUCACUGAUGAGUUUCGUGGUUUGGACCGGGACAUCGAGGGCUCCCCUAAACGCUGGAAAAAGGUGGUAGAGUCCGAGUGUCCGGAGAAAGAGAAGUUUCCUCAGGAGUGGAAAGCAAAAAGUUCCCUGCAGAAACUCAUUAUGAUGAGAGCCCUGAGACCUGAUAGGAUGACUUACGCUGUCAGAAACUUUGUGGAGGAGAAGUUAGGGGUGAAGUAUACAGAGAGGAGGAAGACCGAGUUUGCUAAGUCCUUCAGAGAGAGUGGACCCGCCUCGCCUGUCUUCUUCAUCCUGUCUCCCGGAGUAGACCCUCUCAAAGACGUGGAGUCACUGGGCAGGAAGUUAGGAUUCACCAUAGACCUGGGGAAGCUCCACAAUGUGUCUUUGGGUCAGGGCCAGGAGGCUGUGGCUGAGGUUGCCAUGGAGAUGGCUGCUAAGGAGGGACACUGGGUCAUCCUACAGAAUAUCCACCUGGUGGCUCGCUGGCUGGGGUCGUUGGAGAAGCUUCUGGAACGCUGCUGUGAGGGCAGUCACCAGGACUACAGAGUGUUUAUGAGUGCUGAGCCUGCCCCUACACCACAGGAGCACAUCAUCCCUCAGGGCAUCCUGGAGAAUGCCAUCAAGAUCACUAACGAGCCUCCCACUGGCAUGCAUGCCAACCUCCACGCUGCUCUGGACAACUUUGACCAGGAUAUAUUGGAUCAGUGCAGUAGAGAGCAGGAGUUUAAGACCAUCCUGUUCUCUCUGUGUUAUUUUCAUGCCUGUGUGGCUGAGAGGCGCAAGUUCGGUCCUCAGGGUUGGAACAGGAAAUACCCCUUUAACACUGGAGACCUCACCAUCUCUGUCAAUGUGCUCUACAACUACCUGGAGGCCAACUCACAGGUGCCAUGGGAGGACUUGCGCUAUCUGUUUGGAGAGAUCAUGUACGGAGGUCACAUCACAGACGACUGGGACAGAAGACUCUGUAGAACCUACCUGGAGGAAUACAUGCAGCCCAACCAGUCUGAUAGGAAGUUGGCACUGGCUCCGGGCUUUGUGGUUCCCUCCAACUUGGACUACCAGGGUUACCAUGGUUACAUAGAUGAGAUGCUGCCCCAUGAGAGCCCGGUGCAUUAUGGGCUACACCCCAACGCAGAGAUAGAGUUUCUGACGGUGACCUCUGAUAACCUCUUCCACACACUGCUGGAGCUGCAGUCACCUGACUCUGUGAUGGGAGAGGGGGCUUCACAGACCGUAGAGGAGAAGGUGAAGACCAUCCUAGACGAGGUGUUGGAGAAGCUUCCAGAAGAGUACAACAUGUCAGACAUCACGUCUAAGACAGCUGAGAGAUCACCAUACAUCCUGGUCUGCUUCCAGGAGUGUGAGCGUAUGAACACGCUCAUCUACGAGAUACGACGCUCCCUGAAGGAGCUGGACCUGGGGCUGAAGGGUGAGCUGGCAAUCUCCUCAGAGAUGGAGCAGAUCCAGGCAGCUCUGUUCUUUGAUAACGUCCCAGACACCUGGACCAAACUGGCCUACCCCUCCACUUACAGCCUUGCCCAGUGGUAUAAUGACGUGUUGCUGCGCUGUAGAGAGCUGGACAGCUGGACACAGGACCUGGCUCUUCCCACCGUCAUCUGGCUGUCUGGACUCUUUAACCCACAGUCCUUCUUAACAGCGGUGAUGCAGUCUCUGGCUCGUAAGAAUGAGUGGCCGUUAGAUAAGAUGAACCUGACUGUGGAUGUGACUAAGAAAUUUAAGGAAGAGUUCAACCAGCCAGCCAGAGAGGGAGUAUACGUAUAUGGACUAUACAUGGAAGGUGCAAGAUGGGACACUCAGGGUGGGGUGAUCGCGGAGGCUCGUCUGAAGGAGUUAACCCCCUCCAUGCCAGUCAUCUCAGUCCGAGCAGUACCGAACGACAGACAGGAGACGCGUAACAUCUACGAGUGUCCCCUGUACAAGACCAAGCUGAGAGGAACCACUUAUGUCUGGACCUUCAGCCUCAAGACCAGAGAGAGACCAGCCAAGUGGGUACUGGCUGGGGUGGCCCUGCUGCUCAGUGUUUAGAGGUAAGGGUUAGGGGGUGAGGAGGGAGACCAGCCAAGUGGGUACUGACUGGGGUGGCCCUGCUACUCAGUGUUUAGAGGUAAGGGUUAGGGGGUGAGGAGGGAGACCAGCCAAGUGGGUACUGACUGGGGUGGCCCUGCUGCUCAGUGUUUAGAGGUAAGGGUUAGGGGGUGAGGAGGGAGACCAGCCAAGUGGGUACUGACUGAGGUGGCCCUGCUGCUCAGUGUUUAGAGGUAAGGGUUAGGGGGUGAGGAGGGAGACCAGCCAAGUGGGUACUGGCUGGAAAGAAGCAAGGUUGUUUUUCCAUUAGCUAUUUGUAGGGUGUGUAUUUUCUGCAUUAUGUUGCUAAGUGUGAGAGAAGGUAUUUUAUGUAAAAAUACAUGUAUGUGUUACUACAUAAUCCCUCAAACCAGGUUUGAUGUUGCUAUUGAAAUAUAAAAUACAUUUGUAUAGUACUGUUUUAGCACCUGAAAGCUAUAUGAAAAUGUAUAAAGCAUUUGGACAUUUUAUUCAUAUGACUUAGUAAGAAUAGAAAUAAAAAUGAAAAUCUGUA